AUGUCACACCCCGCACGACACUCCUCCAUGCUGUCGUUCAGCAACAGCAACUCGAACCUCUCCAGCUCCAGCGACAAGCAACAAUCGUCGCCUCAGAUUCCAAGUGCGCCCCAAUCGAGUCCCGGGCUGCGCGUCCCCUCCAAUCGCAAGACCAUCUACGACCGACACCUGAAUCGAAGUCGCAAUGCCGAGUCCAGUCGCGCCACUGACCCUCCCAGAUUAAACGAACAAGGCUACCCCCUGGGCCUCCGUCUGCUCGACCUCCUCUUCUACCGGACCAUGUCCAGCUCCAGCUCCUCAUCUUUGUCCGGCUCCUCGACCUCCUCGUCUCCGCCACACCGACCGCUCCGCAUCCUCCCCCUGCUCCAUCUCAUCCACGGCCCCCUCUGGCGCCUCCUCUUCAAUCGCCCCGCCGACGCUCUCGAGCACUCCGUCUCCCCGGACACCCCCAACGAAUACAUGAUCACCGACAACGACCCGCUGGUCAAUACCUAUAUCAGUGUGCCCAAGGAAAUGAGCAUGCUCAAUUGCGCCGCUUUUGUCGCCGGCAUUAUCGAGGGUGUUUGCGAUGGAUGCGGCUUCGAGGCCAAGGUCACCGCUCAUAAUCAGCCCACGGAAAUGUGGCCCGGCCGCACGAUAUUCCUCGUGCGCUUCGGCGAUAGUGUUAUGGAGAGGGAGAAGGUCCUGGAAAGAGCGGGUGUGAAAUAG